UAUUACCACAAGCCCGAAGAAGACACUGUCAGCUUAGUUUAGAAAACAGUACAAAUGUUGCAUUAUUUCUGGCAGAUAUGAGUUAAGCUGCGCGUUGUUGGUGUGUAUAUAAAUAUUGACUCUCUUUCUAAUAAACCCGUGUCUAACAGUUGGAAGAAGUUUUUGUAGAGCGUUCUCUGGGGUCAGAAGAAAUGAGUCACGAGACUUGUAAACAAACCGGAGGAUGACAGACUGACAGACUGUUUUAUUGUGCUUCUUCAUUUUCAAGCACUUUAAUACUUUUGUUGAUGCAUAGUAUGUCGUUUUGAAGGAUGCGGAAAUGAAGAUGUUGAUAUUUUGCCGACUACUUAAGCACUGGAUAUUUCUCAGUUUGUAAAUGUGUAUGUGACUGACUGUACAUCAUCAUCAAGACAAUGACUGUCACCAUGAAGGCAAACAGGUCCUACAAACUUGUGGUGCACAAGAAGGGCUUUGGAGGGAGUGACGAUGAGUUGAUGAUGAAUCCUAAAGUGUUCUCUCAGGUUAAACUGGGGGAUAUUGUCGAGAUUGCACAUCCAAAUGAUGAGUACAGUCCUCUGCUGUUGCAGGUCAAGAGUUUGAAAGAAGACCUGCAGAAAGAAACUAUCAGUGUAGAUCAGACUGUGGCUCAGGCCUUCAAGCUUCGCGCAUACCAGGAUGUCAUCAUCAAUAUUGUGGACCCAAAGGAUGUGACUUUGGAUCUGGUGGAACUCACCUUCAAAGAUCAGUAUAUUGGACGAGGAGACAUGUGGAGACUAAAGAAGAGCUUAGUGAGCACAUGUGCCUAUGUGACACAGAAAGUAGAGUUUGCAGGGAUCAGGGCCCAGGCCAGUGAAUUAUGGGUAAAAGGAGAGAAGGUCACUUGUGGCUACAUCAGUGAAGAUACAAGGGUGGUGUUUCGGUCCACCUCUGCGAUGGUUUAUAUAUUCAUUCAGAUGAGCUGUGAGAUGUGGGACUUUGAUAUCUAUGGUGAUCUUUACUUUGAGAAAGCUGUCAAUGGUUUCCUCUCGGAUCUGUUUGCCAAAUGGAAAGAGAAGAACUGCAGCCAUGAGGUUACAGUGGUGCUGUUCUCUCGUACCUUCUACUCUGCCAAAUCACUGGAAGAGUUCCCAGAGCUCCAAAGAUCAUCAGUCCGACAAGACCAUGAGGGACGGUAUUAUGAGGAUUUCUACAGGGUGGUGGCCCAGAAUGAAAGGCGUGAUGAGUGGACAUCUCUGCUCAUCACCAUUAAAAAACUCUUCAUACAGUAUCCUGUGCUGGUGCGUCUUAAAGGAGCAGAUGGAUUCCUGUGCGGGCACAAUUCCACUGCUGCUCAGGGGAAUUAUCUGGAAGCUAUCAACUUGUCUUUCAAUGUCUUUGAUAAGCACUACAUCAACCGUAACUUUGACCGUACGGGUCAGAUGUCAGUGGUCAUUACUCCAGGAGUGGGUGUGUUCGAGGUGGACCGCUUGCUCAUGAUCCUCACCAAACAACGCAUGAUUGACAACGGCAUCGGUGUUGAUCUGGUAUGCAUGGGAGAGCAGCCCCUCCACGCUGUUCCACUCUUCAAGUUACAUAACCGCACUGUGCACGGAGACUCUAGAAUUGGCGAUGACUACAACCUGCCUCACUGGAUCAACCACAGCUUUUACACAUCAAAGAGCCAGAACUCAUGCAGCUGUUUUACACCACGCAUCAAGCUGGCUGGAAAAAAGGCUCAUGCUGAGAAAGCCAGAAGCAGCAAAGAACAUUCUCUUUGUGCCCCCAAAGAUACUGAGAAUAGCCUUCCGAUCCAGGUGGACUACGAUGCGUAUGAUGCUCAGGUCUUUAGGCUUCCUGGACCUUCUAGAGCCCAGAGGUCCACCAACUUCAGGUCGAGCCGGGAGAGGGAGUCAGCCAGCAGGAAAAGUUGGGGCUCAACAGAUGUCAGUGGAGGUGUAGUGGGCAGCUCUCCCCCAACCAGGCAUACAGGACCAGAAGAACAGAGGAGCCUGGCAUCAGAUGACAGUUUGAGCCACAUCUCUAACAUCCUGCUCAUCCCACGCCCGGCUCAGGGCCAAUACGAGGUCAGCAGCUCCCUGGGGUACACCAGCUGCACAAGAGAAUUGCUAGAAAGGAUGGUAGAGUCUCAGAGGGACUCCAGUGCUCCGGGCCGCUUCACGGUGGGAAGUGCCGAGUCCACCCUGCACGUACGGCCGGGUGGUUACACGCCCCAGAGGGCCCUCAUCAACCCGUUCGCCCCCUCACGCAUGCCAAUGAAACUCACCUCCAACCGCCGUCGAUGGAUGCACACAUUCCCUGUGGGUCCUUCUGGAGAGGCAAUCCAGAUCCACCAUCAGACGAGACAGAACAUGGCAGAGCUGCAGGGUAGUGAGCAGAGAGACCCGGCUCGUACCUCAGCCGAGCUGCUGGAACUGGCCUAUCACGAAGCUACGGGAAGCAAGCGGACAGCGUCCCGACAUGCAGGAGAGAAUGGACUGUACAUCACAGGAGUUCCCGAUAAUGUCUCUGGAAGUCCAGCUAGUAGCAACAGCACUGGAACGCCAGUGAACCGUGGUUCCUUUGAGGAUUACUCCAGUCCAGAUCCGAUCCUGCUGCUGUCUGCCCCUCCGACAGUGCCUAGUUUUUGCUGCACGGUCGGGGUGGACUGGAAGUCCCUCACCACUCCCGCCUGCCUCCCCCUCACGACCGAUUACUUUCCCGACCGCCAAACCCUGCAGAAUGACUACACCGAGGGAUGCUAUGACCUGCUGCCACACACUGACAUGGAGAGACGUGACGAUGAAUCUCCAGUGAUGUCGGCCCAUCAGGUGUUUGAAGAGUUCAUCUGUCAACGACUGAUGCAGGGCUACCAGAUCAUUGUACAGCCUAAUAGGAAGCCACAGCCGGCUAUAGCCCCGCCCCUCAGCAGCAGCCCCCUUUAUUCCCGAGGGCUGGUGUCUCGACGUAAACCAGAGGAGGAGGAGAGCAUUUACUGGCUCAGUAUGGGGAGAACCUUUCAUAAAGUCUGCCUUAAAGAUAAGAUCAUUACCGUCACCCGCUACCUCCCAAAGUAUCCCUAUGAAUCCACACAGAUUCAGUACAGCUACAAUCUGUGCCCUCCACAUGCAGAUGCCCACUUCCUGCCAUUCUGGGUGGAGUUCAGCCACGAGCGGCUGGAGGAGUACAAAUGGAACUAUCUGGACCAGUACAUCUGCUCUGCCGGCUCAGAGGACUUCAGUCUUAUCGACUCUCUGAAGUUUUGGCGCACACGCUUCUUGCUGCUGCCAGCGGGCGGAGCCAGGCGAGUGGCGGAUGGUGAGGGUCACUGGGACGUGUAUGGGGAGGGAAUGGGGGCAGGGCGGGAUGGCCUCUCUGGCUCUGGGGACUGGUCUCUUUUGGACGGAUUUAUUCGCUUUUUGGAAGGCCUGAACAGGAUUCGCCGCCGUCACCGAUCUGAUCGAAUUAUCCGUAAAGGAGCUACCAUUAAAGGCCUCCAGGUCACAGGAGCCCUCUCAUCCCACAACCCGGAGCCUAUAGCGCCCCCUGUGGGGAAAAAGGGCACCUCUGCCCUCUCUGCACUUCUGGAGCUGGAUCAGACACAGAAGAGUUUAGAAGAGCAGCAGCUUGCUGCUCAGCAUGGUGGGAAAUCAUGUGGACCUUUCAGUGAAGCUGCCAGCGUUGCCCUAACAACCACCUAUGUCGAUAGCCCCCGUAAGGAUGCUGCCUUCAUUUUGGACUUUAUUCGUAGUCCACGUUCCUCCUACAUCUGUCACUCUCAGUUGCCAGCUGAACAGGUUCCAGCAAAUCACACUGAGAGUGGGUUGUCGGACAAAGGAGGCAACCAACCAGGAGAGAGACCAUCAGCUACAUCCCAAGCCACAGGAGACCAAACCCCAGGCACUGGUGCAGAGACUGGCGGGCAGUCAGGGUCCAGUGGAUUGAGUCUUUCCUCAUCUUCCACACUAAUGGAGAUCCUGGAAGCCAUUAAGCAUCCCACCACUGGAGUGCAGCUUUUGCCAGAGCAGAGGGGCCUGCCUCCUAACUGCUUUGUCAGUGCUGAGGUUGUACAUUGGCUGAUCAGCACUGUGGAGAAUGUUGCAACACAGGGUAUUGCAGUAGAAAUCAUGCAGAAAAUGCUGGAUGAAGGUCUAAUUGUUCAUGCCUCUGGUGAUGCCAUGCGAACGUUUGUCUAUGGGUUCUACCUCUACCGGAUUGUCGACAAAGACAACGAGAAGGCCCCUACGACUCAGCUUCCCCCAGGUGGAGGCAGUGUAUGGUCUGCUGCAGCUUUGGAGGACUUCGCCCUGUUCCAGAGAAAGUGGUUUGAGGUGGCCUUUGUUAUGGAGGAACGUCGGCCCUGUGACUUACCUGCCUUCCUGCUGCCCUGGUUGCCCAGCCGGCCAGCCUCAUACGCAAGUAGGCAUAGCUCCUUCAGCCGCAGCUUCGGAGGACGCAGCCAAGCUGCCGCACUGCUAGCUGCCACGGUUCCAGAGCAGAAAACAGUCACCUUGGACGUUGAUGUGAACAAUCGCAGUGAUCGGACUGAAUGGUGCAGUUGCUAUUACCAUGGCAACUUCUCCCUCAGCGCUGCCUUUGAAAUCAAGCUGCACUGGAUGGCUGUUACUGCAGCUGUACUCUUUGAAAUGGUGCAAGGCUGGCACAGAAAGGCAGCAUCUUGCGGAUUCCUGCUUGUGCCUGUGCUGGAGGUGCCCUUUGCUUUGUCAUCAUACCUAUAUGGUGACCCUCUCCGUGCCCAAUUGUUUAUCCCCCUAAAUAUCCAGUGCCUGCUAAAGGAGGGCUGUGAUAACCUGUUUGAGGGGUUUGAGCCAGAGACAUACUGGGACAGAAUGCAGUUGUUUCAGGAGGCCAUACUCUCCAGAUUUGGCUUUGUUCAAGACAAGUUCUCAGCAUCAGCUUUUAACUUUCCAUCAGAGAACAAACCUCAAUACAUCCAUGUAACAGGUACAGUUUUUCUUCAGCUACCUUACUCAAAAAGGAAAUACUCUAGUGGACAGCGGCGCCGCCGUAACUCCGCUACCUCUGCCAAUCAGAGCCUGUUUGGUUCUGAGGAGCGAGUGGGCUACAAUUGGGCGUACAACACCAUGCUAACCAAAGCCUGGAGGACUGGCGUGCUGGGGGACGAGAAACUGGCCGACCGCCUGCUGCGGGAUUUCACAGACUUUUGUGCCAACAAGGACAAUCGACUGGUGACCUUUUGGGAAAGUUGUGUGGAGAAAAUGAACGCCAGUGCCCCUUGAGAAAAGACAGUGGAGGAAAGGCAAUGUGUGCCUCUGCUUUAAGAGCUAAUGCACUGCUGCUAUCAUCUAAUCAGAGAGAAAUAAAGCAAACAGCCUCAUCAUCAAACACUCAAAUGGAUGAGUCAUACGUUUUCAGAGUGUCUGUACAUGCACCUGCAAUGUCCUGAAGCCAUCAGUUUUUACUAGGUUUGAGUGAACGGUAGGUCCUCAGCAAAUUGUACAUAAUAGGAUCAAUUUGUUGAUUACUGCUAGGCCUCAUCUUAAAAACAUUACUAACCAGUGCCUUAGAUCUGUUUUUGUCCUCCAUGUUAUUAUACAAGCUUUUCUCUGUCAAUGGAAGCCUUGUGUCUCUACAGGGUUUUCAGUGGACAUUUCAGAGAAACACUGUAAGAUUUUGUUGAAACGUUAGUUCCAUGCACUAAAUACUAAUGUGAUCAAUUGCAGUUGCUUUCAAAUGAGACUUCUCGUUUCAGCUGACUGAUCAGAGUUGGCAUUAAUUCUGUAAAAGUGAGCAAGCAACAGUAACCAAAGUGGGUGGAGUUCAGCAAAAAAUUCUUAAAUAUAGCACAUUUUUAGGGGUUUAAACGUGAAACGCUUCAGAUGGUCCUAACAAAAAGCUAUCAAAAGCUUUUUGACAGACUCAACCAUUCUGAAAUAACGCACAAAUGAAUUUGACAAAGAUCUCGGCAAAAUAGACAUUCUGACCAAACAUGGAGUUUGUUAUGACAACCAUGUCCUGAGGUUACCUGCACAGUUUCAAUAUAGUGCCACCUAGUGUUCAGGAGAAGGCUCUUUCCAAAGCCCCUUUCAAGGAAAGUCUGUUUACUCAGCGGCCAUAUUUGCAACACCUCCGGGCAGCUCAUACAAGACCAACCUGAACUCACAAUUAAAUUACAUAUUUUAAAUCAGCAACAAAACGUGAAAGGAACUGCCCCAUGAAUGUUGUUUCCUAUGCUUAAAUAGUGUGUAAAAACUUAUUUUUCAGGCUAAACCAGCCAUUGGCGCCGGAACCAGAGCUUCUAACGGUCGCUGCAGUGAUGCAAUGACUUUACCAAUCAGUAAUUGACUCUUUCAUUUAGAAGGCGGGACUAUUCUGCCAUGUUGCAGUUUCUCCCAUUCACAGAGUUCGUGCAAGGUGCUUAAAGUGCUUGAAUUGACUUUUUGAUAUUUAAGGCCUGGAAAAACCUUAAAAAGUGCAAUAUUCCUGAAAAGGUACUCGAAAAGUGUUUGAAUUAUUGAAAGACAAGUUAUCUAUGUAAUAAGUGUUGAUUUUUUUUUUUAAUAAGCACAUCUUUUCACGCAAAUUUAAAAAAAAAAAAGUCAUACUUGUUUUGACUAUUUCAGACUAUUUCAUGUCAUAAAACUAUUAAGCUACACCAGUAGUACUGACAGUUUCGUGUAAACAUGGCUGAAGACACAAGAAGAGGAACAGAAAAAACAAAUUAACUGAGUGAAUCAUUUAAGCCAGAACCACUCUGAUUGAUUCAAACUUUUUUUACUCCAGUUGGAUCGCGUAAAACAAAUCAUUUGAUUCAAAUCUUGCCUUCAGAUCGCGUAUCACAAAUUUAUUUGAUUUAGAUCAGGACUUCGGAGCGGGUUUGCGAAUCAUUUGACUUAGAUUGGAACUUUGCAUAUUGCGAAUAAAUUAGUUUGGAACCUCAAGUCAUGAAUCGCAAAUCAUUUGAUUUAGAUCGAAACUUCAGAUGAUUGCAUGACUCGCAAUCCGCACCCGAGUCCUGAUCUGAGAUGAUGGUUCACGAAUCAUUAUUCAGAUCGGGACUUUGGAGCGAUCACAAAUCAUUUGAUUCAGAUUGGAACUUUGGAGCAUUUUCGCAGAUUUUUUUUUUUUUUUUUUUGGAUUUUUUUUCUUAAAAAGUAGAAAACAUCAAACCGUAAAUGAGAUCUCUGACUAAAGUCCUUGAAAACAAAAAAAGGAGUGCUUGAAAAGUCCUUGAAAGUCCUGGAAUUUUAUUUUACAGUAUCUGUACAAACCCUGCAUUCAUAAGUAAAGGAGUGAGCGGUUUCUCUGCAAUUGGUUGGUAUAUUGGCACCAAAUUAUGUGUGUCAUUGUCACUCCUAGUUAACCACACCAUAUUACUUUUGGACCAGUGCUGCGUACUUGUCAAAAGUGAUAAAUCAUUAAAUAAUAUUUGUAGUGAUUUUAUUUAUGAUUUUUCAGCCUUUUAGGGGUAAAACCAUCUUGAAAUGUCUAUAAUUAUUAAGUCCUUAAAACGCUUGAACCCCGGUAAUUGCUGCUUGCAGCUAUAUUUUAUUCAAAAUCUUGGUCCCAUGGAUGUGCAUUUGUACAAGCCCGGCCUUAUGUUUAAAGUUGGACAAAAUGUUUUGCUAUUGCAAAGCUGUUGAACAGGAGUUAAGAUUGGUUAUGCUAAUGGUUAUAACUGUCAUGCACCUUCAUCAAAGACAAAUAAGUUAGGGACAUGACUACUUCAACAAAAUUAAAGGUCUAUUAUAUUGUUUUUUUUUUAAAUUUACAUUAUCCCCAAGGUCAGAUUGAUCCAAUUUAGCCCCAUUGUUAUAAUGCAGUAACUGCAGGGACAUCAGCCAGUGCCAGGAAUGAACUGCAAAGAGCAUCUGUCCACUCCAGUCCAUGCAUUUUGUGUGUUCAGUCAUUGUUAAGGAGGCAUGUCCAUGCAUGCCAUUAUCCUUUAAUCGUAAGUCUUGGGACAGACAGAAGCAUCGCUUCAUUUGAAUGCGGAAGAGUUGCUUAUCGCGCGCACGCGCGCUGUGCAGCUGCAUUGAACAAUGCAGCAAACCUCACUGCGCAGGUGCGCGGCUGCAGGGCAUGCGGCUAUUUUUAGAAAAUGACGUCAUCGUGAAAUAGAGCGAGUGCGCGCACCCCCCCUCCAACUCCCCCUCCACCCUGUUCGCUGGGAUUGACAGGACGCUUGCAGCAGCAGCAGCAGCAGCACCCCACAAGACGACAGAAAAAAACGAAAAAGAA